AUGACGUCCUCGCUGUUGUUGUUUCUGACAUCAACAGCGUCUCCGUACUUCAUCAACAUUGAUGCCAACGAGGAGCAGUGCUUUUUCGAUCGCGUGAUUUCUGGAACCAAAAUUGGACUCAUGUUUGAGGUGGCGGAAGGUGGCUUUCUUGAUAUCGAUGUGAAAAUCACUGGGCCGGAUAAUAAGAUUAUUUACAAAGGAGAGCGAGAGUCUUCUGGGAAGUACACGUUCGCUGCCCACAUGGACGGUGUGUAUACUUAUUGCUUUGGAAAUCAAAUGAGCACCAUGACCCCUAAAGCUGUUAUGUUCACUAUAGAAAUCAUAGAGCCACAUGAGCAACAGCAAGGUGCAGCGGAGAAUCAGGAUGCUGCAGAUAAUCAAAAACUGGAGGAAAUGGUGCGGGAGCUUUCUACUGCGCUUAUGUCCGUGAAGCAUGAACAGGAAUAUAUGGAGGUUAGAGAACGAGUUCACCGAUCAAUUAACGAAAACACUAACAGUCGUGUCGUUCUGUGGGCAGUGUUCGAAGCGCUAGUGCUUGUAUCCAUGACGGUUGGACAAAUAUGGUACCUCAAACGAUUUUUCGAAGUGCGCACUGUUGUUUAA